CCUUCCUUCCCCCUCACUUUCCUCGCGUCCCCAUGUAUGAGGGGAAGAAGACGAAAAACAUGUUCCUGACCCGGGCCUUGGAGAAGAUCCUGGCCGACAAGGAGGUGAAGAAGGCGCAUCAUUCCCAGCUGCGCAAAGCCUGCGAGGUGGCUCUAGAGGAAAUAAAAGCAGAAACUGGAAAACAAAGUCCUCCACAUGGAGAAGCAAAGCCUGGUUCAAGCACUCUUCCACCAGUGAAAUCAAAGACAAGCUUUAUCGAGGCAGACAAGUACUUCUUACCGUUUGAACUGGCAUGCCAGUCCAAGUGUCCCAGAAUUGUUAGUACAUCGUUAGAUUGUUUGCAGAAACUUAUAGCCUAUGGACAUUUGACUGGCAAUGCUCCAGAUAGUACAGCUCCUGGGAAAAAAUUGAUUGAUAGAAUUAUUGAAACAAUAUGUGGCUGCUUUCAAGGUCCUCAGACAGAUGAAGGGGUUCAGCUACAAAUUAUAAAGGCUCUACUAACAGCAGUAACAUCUCAACAUAUAGAGAUUCAUGAAGGGACCGUUCUGCAAGCUGUAAGAACAUGUUACAAUAUCUACCUUGCAAGCAAAAAUCUCAUAAAUCAAACCACAGCCAAGGCCACUCUCACACAAAUGUUGAAUGUUAUAUUUGCACGUAUGGAAAACCAAGCACUUCAAGAAGCCAAGCAAAUGGAGAAAGAGAGGCAUCGGCAGCAGCACCAUCUGCAGCAGUCACCCUUAAGCCAUCACGAGGCUGAAUCGCCUCAACUGAGACAUCUUUCAGAGCAGACUGUUGAUCAGUUAUCCCAGGAUCAUGAAGGGGACUUGGACCAUCAUACAAAUGAUGUAAACAAGAGCCUUCAAGAAGAUAUAGAAGCAGAAAAUGGGUCUGAUAUUUCCAGUGCGGAAAAUGAACAGACAGAAGCUGACCAAGCAACAGCAGCAGAAACUCUAUCAAAAAACGUUGCGGGGCCGUGUGAUGGAGAAAGCAAUCAAUGUGAAGAAACAGCACAGGAUGUUGUGCAAAGUAUAGUCCAGGAAAUGGUGAACAUAGUAGUAGGAGGAGAAAGAACCACUGAAAAGGGUAUGGCAGAUGGACCAAUGGGGACUUCAGAAGAUGGUAGUGACAGUGAAAAUAUCCAGGCAAAUGGAAUUCCAGGGACACCCAUUUCUGUUGUUUAUACACCAUCUUUACCUGAUGACAGAUUAUCAGUCUCUUCCAAUGACACUCAGGAAUCUGGAAAUUCUUCAGGACCUACCCCUGGUGCUAAAUUUUCCCACAUCUUACAAAAGGAUGCCUUCCUAGUAUUCAGGUCACUGUGUAAACUCUCUAUGAAGCCUCUGUCGGAUGGGCCACCUGACCCAAAGUCUCAUGAACUGCGAUCGAAGAUCCUUUCAUUGCAGUUGCUGCUGUCCAUUCUGCAGAAUGCAGGGCCUGUUUUCAGGACAAAUGAAAUGUUUAUUAAUGCUAUUAAGCAGUAUCUUUGUGUUGCACUGUCUAAAAAUGGAGUCUCAUCUGUUCCAGAAGUAUUUGAACUUUCUCUCUCUAUAUUCCUGACUCUACUUUCAAAUUUUAAGACUCACUUGAAAAUGCAAAUUGAGGUUUUCUUCAAAGAGAUAUUUUUGUAUAUCUUAGAAACAUCCACUAGCUCCUUUGAUCAUAAAUGGAUGGUUAUACAAACACUGACAAGGAUAUGCGCAGACGCCCAGAGUGUAGUGGACAUCUAUGUAAACUAUGAUUGUGAUUUAAAUGCUGCAAACAUAUUUGAAAGACUAGUUAAUGAUCUGUCCAAGAUUGCUCAAGGAAGAGGCAGCCAGGAACUUGGCAUGACGAACAUUCAGGAGUUAAGUUUGAGAAAGAAGGGACUCGAAUGCUUAGUAUCUAUAUUGAAGUGCAUGGUGGAAUGGAGUAAAGAUCAAUAUGUAAAUCCCAACUCUCAGACAACCCUAGGACAAGAGAAACCCACAGAGCAAGACAGCACUGAAACCAAACAUCCCGAGACAAUUAACAGAUAUGGAAGUUUAAAUUCCCUAGACUCCACAGCCUCAUCUGGAAUUGGUAGCUACAGCACACAGAUGUCUGGUACUGACAAUCCAGAGCAAUUUGAGGUCCUAAAGCAACAAAAAGAAAUAAUAGAACAAGGAAUAGAUUUGUUUAAUAAGAAGCCAAAGAGAGGAAUUCAGUACCUACAAGAACAAGGGAUGCUUGGUACUACUCCUGAAGACAUUGCCCAGUUCUUGCAUCAAGAAGAAAGAUUAGACUCUACUCAAGUUGGAGAGUUCCUAGGAGACAAUGAUAAGUUUAAUAAGGAAGUUAUGUAUGCAUAUGUGGACCAACACGACUUUUCAGCAAAGGAUUUUGUUUCAGCUCUACGCAUGUUUUUAGAAGGCUUCCGUCUGCCAGGAGAGGCUCAGAAAAUUGACAGAUUAAUGGAGAAAUUUGCUGCUAGAUACUUAGAGUGUAACCAAGGGCAAACUCUCUUUGCUAGUGCAGACACUGCAUAUGUCUUAGCUUAUUCAAUUAUCAUGUUGACAACAGAUCUCCAUAGCCCACAGGUAAAGAAUAAAAUGACAAAAGAGCAAUAUAUUAAGAUGAAUAGAGGUAUCAACGAUAGUAAGGAUCUCCCUGAAGAAUAUCUAUCUGCUAUCUAUAAUGAAAUAGCGGGGAAGAAGAUAUCAAUGAAGGAAACAAAAGAAUUAACGAUACCCACAAAAACAAGUAAACAAAGUGUAGCUAGUGAAAAGCAGAGACGACUGCUUUAUAAUUUAGAAAUGGAGCAGAUGGCUAAAACAGCUAAAGCACUGAUGGAAGCUGUGAGUCAUGUUCAAGCUCCUUUCACAAGUGCAACACACUUGGAGCAUGUAAGACCCAUGUUUAAGUUAGCAUGGACGCCAUUCUUAGCUGCAUUCAGUGUGGGUUUACAAGAUUGUGAUGAUACAGAAGUUGCCUCUCUUUGCCUGGAAGGCAUACGAUGUGCAAUCAGGAUAGCCUGCAUUUUUACCAUCCAGCUUGAAAGGGAUGCUUACGUCCAAGCACUAGCAAGAUUUACUUUACUUACAGUGAGUUCUGGUAUUACUGAAAUGAAGCAGAAGAACAUUGACACAAUAAAAACACUCAUUACUGUGGCUCAUACUGAUGGAAAUUACUUGGGAAAUUCCUGGCAUGAGAUUUUGAAAUGCAUCAGUCAGCUUGAACUGGCACAACUAAUAGGUACUGGAGUAAAGCCACGUUACAUUUCUGGGACCAUGAGAGGCCGAGAAGGUUCCUUUACAGGAACAAAAGAUCAAGCACCAGAUGAAUUUGCAAGUCUGGGGCUAGUUGGCGGAAAUAUGGACUGGAAGCAGAUUGCAAGUAUUCAAGAAUCUAUUGGAGAAACUAGUUCGCAAAGUGUUGUUGUUGCUGUAGACAGAAUAUUUACAGGAUCUACAAGGCUAGAUGGAAACGCUAUUGUGGAUUUUGUCCGAUGGCUUUGUGCGGUGUCUAUGGAUGAAUUGCUGUCUGCCACCCAUCCUCGGAUGUUUAGCUUGCAAAAGAUAGUAGAAAUCUCGUACUAUAACAUGGGGCGAAUAAGGCUACAGUGGUCUAGAAUCUGGGAAGUUAUUGGAGAUCAUUUCAAUAAGGUUGGCUGUAAUCCCAAUGAAGAUGUUGCUAUAUUUGCAGUAGACUCCUUAAGACAGUUAUCAAUGAAGUUCUUAGAAAAAGGGGAACUUGCUAAUUUCCGAUUCCAGAAGGACUUCUUAAGACCAUUUGAACAUAUCAUGAAGAGAAACAGAUCUCCAACCAUUCGUGACAUGGUUGUCCGCUGCAUAGCCCAGAUGGUAAAUUCCCAAGCAGCAAACAUCCGCUCAGGGUGGAAGAACAUUUUCUCAGUAUUUCAUUUGGCUGCAUCUGAUCAGGAUGAAAGCAUAGUGGAACUUGCAUUUCAAACUACAGGCCACAUUGUCACAAUUGUAUUUGAGAAACAUUUCCCAGCAACUAUAGAUUCUUUCCAGGAUGCAGUAAAGUGCUUGUCAGAAUUUGCAUGCAAUGCAGCUUUUCCAGACACAAGUAUGGAAGCAAUUCGCCUCAUUCGCCAUUGCGCAAAAUACGUAUCAGAAAGGCCUCAGGCUUUCAAAGAAUACACCAGUGAUGAUAUGAAUGUAGCUCCAGAAGACAGAGUGUGGGUGAGAGGAUGGUUUCCAAUUCUCUUUGAGCUAUCCUGUAUCAUCAAUAGAUGCAAAUUAGAUGUAAGAACCAGAGGCUUAACUGUUAUGUUUGAAAUAAUGAAAACAUAUGGUAAUACCUAUGAAAAGCAUUGGUGGCAGGAUUUGUUUCGAAUUGUCUUUCGGAUAUUUGACAACAUGAAGUUACCGGAACAGCAAACAGAGAAAGCCGAGUGGAUGACCACAACUUGCAAUCAUGCACUUUAUGCAAUAUGUGAUGUAUUCACACAGUAUUUGGAAGUACUUAGUGGUGUCCUUUUGGAUGAUAUAUUUGCCCAGCUGUACUGGUGUGUUCAGCAAGACAAUGAACAACUAGCACGGUCUGGUACAAACUGUUUAGAGAAUGUUGUCAUUCUAAAUGGUGAGAAGUUUACCCUUGAAAUCUGGGAUAAGACUUGCAACUGUAUGCUGGAUAUCUUCAAAACCACUAUCCCCCAUGCGCUUUUAACUUGGCGACCCAUAGGGGGCGAUACUGCUCCUCCAUCUCCAUCUUCUGGAAGGGAGAAACAGUUGGAUUCAAUAUCACAGAAAUCUGUAGAUAUCCAUGACUCUGUGCUACCAAGAUCUUCAGACAGACGUCAAUUUCAGCCUAUUGUAGGGCCAUCAGCAAGCGAGGAGCUCAGCAAAAACAAACCUACAACAAAAUUUCCAGAUCAGAAACUGUUUGGUGCUCUGUUGAUUAAAUGUGUGGUACAAUUGGAACUCAUUCAAACCAUCGACAACAUUGUGUUCUUCCCAGCAACUAGCAAAAAGGAAGAUGCCGAGAAUUUAGCUGCAGCACAGAGGGAUGCAGUAGACUUUAAUGUUCAUGUGGAUACACAAGAUCAAGGAAUGUAUUGCUUUUUAACAUCACAGCAGCUUUUCAAGCUGCUGGAUUGUUUGUUGGAAUCUCACAAAUUUGCUAAAGCUUUCAAUUCAAAUAAUGAGCAAAGAACUGCUCUGUGGAAAGCAGGUUUCAAAGGAAAAUCUAAGCCCAACCUGUUGAAACAGGAGACAAGCAGCCUCGCCUGUGGGUUACGCAUUCUGUUCCGUAUGUACAUGGAUGAAAGUCGUAAAGACGCAUGGGAGGAAGUGCAGCGGCGUCUACUAAAUGUUUGCAGUGAAGCUCUCAGUUACUUCCUUACUUUGACAUCAGAAAGUCACAGAGAAGCAUGGACUAGCCUGCUACUUUUGUUCUUAACGAAGGUCCUAAAGAUAAGUGAUGAUAGGUUCAAAGCUCAUGCAUCAUUUUACUAUCCUCUGUUGUGUGAAAUAAUGCAAUUUGAUCUGAUUCCUGAACUGCGAGCUGUUUUGCGAAGGUUUUUUCUACGGAUUGGAGUAGUUUUUCAAAUAUCUCAGCUACCAGAUCAAGAGGUGGGAACAGCCAAGAAAUAGAAGCAUGGCUAAGGAAACCAAGGACCAAGUAAACUUGCACUGGAUGUCCAUAAAAAAGUUUUCUUUAUACCGCAGUGUGCAUCUACGGGUUCACAAUACAGAUUAAAACUGUAAUUUAGGCUUGCAACACUCUAGUUCUCCAGUGGAUUUUUCUCUCACCCUCUCCUGGCUUGUGUUAAGCAUAGAGCCAGUUUUAACACAGUCUUAUUGCCAGCCUGGACUGUGAUAUCCCCUUACUUUCCUCGGCAGUGAUAUAUGUCAAAAGCUGUUUAUGAUGGGUGUGAAGAUGUACCCAAAGAACUAACACAUUUAAAAAGUUAGAACUUUUACAGAAGUACAACUCAGGAGAGUUGUAUAUUGAAAGUAAUAUUCAUAGUAAAAGAAAUGGAAAUAUUGCUCAAGGUAAGAGAUCUAGCAACUAUGUGGAAUUCUUAUUCUGGAAAAAAAUUUGCACACUCAGGCUGUCUGAGGUAAUCAUCCUUCUGUGAAAAAAUGUACAGAGAUGCAGGUCUGUAAUAUAAAGUUCUAAACACUAUACAGUUUUUCCUGCAUUCUUUUAUUUCUUGUAUUUCCUAGAGACCCAUGGGUUUGUUUACCAAAUGCACUAGUCUGGGAUUGAGUUGUGAUGGUUUUGGUCUGUAUCCUAAAAGUUAGUCUUGCUGACUUUGGUCAUGAGGAGAGACUGAAAAUGUCACAAUUGACUUAACUGUUUGUAAUAUAUACCUGUGAUAGGGCUUUUAAAUAUAAUAAGCCAUCGCAAUGAUCCUUCAGGACUGGAACUUGAAUCACUGCAAACAAGUCUAAGUUUUGUCUGCUGUCACUUUGGGGGGGGGGGCGUUGUUUGAUGUAGAUUUCACUCUGUGUACAGAAUUUAAUGUUGAAUAUAUUCAAGUAACGAAUCUGGCAUGGUUUGGGGAUGGUUUUAAAUUUAUUGGAAAUGUAUUCAUACUGUGAAUUGUGCUCUGAUGGUUAAAGAAAAGAUUGUCAAGCAUUCUGUCUUACAGUGGAUGUAGAAAAAAAUUUCAGAUGGAAAAAUGUAUAUGGUACAGCUCUGUAAAGUUUUCUAUGUAAAUUCUGUACAACUUUCUGUACAAUAUUGGUUCUCAUCUGGCAUAUUCUAAUCAGGUUAUAGGUCAAUAAAGUUUUUGAAUUCUUUCA